AUGGCGCCGGAACUUCCGGUCUGUCAAGCAGGCGAGGGCUGCAGCAGGUGGGGCAGCCGACAUGCCCUGCGCAGUGCCAGCAUCGUACCGCCCAAUGCUACUGCUGGUGAUUUCGCCAUCAGCCCAGCAGUGGUGGUGAAGGAGGGCAGCGGGGUGACCAUCUCCAGCACGGGCAUCGCCACCUUCUUCUGCACCACGGCGCUCACGGGCCCGUGCGAUGCUGGUAACCAGUUCUACAUCACCUCCGAGGGCAACAGCUCGCGGGUCUUCGUGCGGUCCUUCAGUCAGCAAGCGGUGGCGUUCUUUCAGAACCGCUGGGUGCGGCUGCCCAUCCUGACAGCUCAGAUCCCACAGGGCGGCACGGUGCUGAACAUCAACCCCGGCGACAACAACCCCACGUACCCCGAGGCCCGCCGCUACGUCGUCUUCAAGACCGGCCCCAACCCCCCCAGCACCUCCUCCUGCUGCCCUGCCAGGGCCAUGCGCCCCCCUCCUCCCCAUCCCAGAACCUAG